AUGGACCUCCUGCAACCUGGUGAAGCAGACGUGUCCGGUUUGUACUCAUACUCCGUGGGUGCGACUUCUGACCAGAAGCUACCUGGUUCUGCCAUAGUGUACAGCAGCAACACGGACGGAUUCAGGUGGUGUCGAGGCUAUGUCAAUGGUUGGACGAAUGACAUUUGGAAAGAUUGUACUUAUCCGCGGGGCAAUUUCUAUGAUAUCCAAAACACAACGAGCGUACAUGAUUGUGCCCAGAAAUGUUUCGAGCGGUUUUGGUGCAACGGCUUCAACUACAAACAUGGGCAGGAUUGGCGGAAUGAGAAGGAUUUUCAUCUGGGAGCAUGCCAAAUGGUGGAGUUGACGAGGCCUUGUACUACCGGGGUGACGAACGUAACUUCGUAUGUUUUUCAGCGCGAUCACUUCGUGACCACAACGAAGCAAGUCUUGCCAGCUCUCGAUGACACAGCUGGGGCUGCAGUGCCAGACCCCACUUUGCUAGCUGUGCUCUCUGGCAUCCUUGUCUUGAUUGCCAUGGUUUGUUUGGUUUGCGUUUGGAAGAUGCGGGCCAGCCACCCUCGAGAACAGCCUGCUGUCCCCGGGCAGGUGCUGUUAGGACGGACGUCAGCACUCAGCCUUGAGGGCAAGACAAAAGCCUCAACAGUGCUGGCCAGAACAACCACGAUUUACGAGGUGCAGUUGGGAAUCUCGGCCACCUACCUCCUGGAACGUUUUCCAUUGGAAGCCCAGGAAGCCACAGGCCUUCAAAACCCAAAUUUCUAUGAUAUGUGCCCCGUUCUGGCCCUUGGAGAGACAGGCAAGGGCUUUGGGAAGAUCUGCCCGCGUGAUGGUAGGCCAAAUUGCAGCAUCGUGGAUGCUUUGCCUCCGGAACACCAUUCUCCCACAACUCAUUUUGUCUCCUGGUGCUGGCACUAUACCCUAGAGGUGGUGGUGAGUGGUGUUCAGCUGUGGGCGCAAUCUUCUUCUUCUCGGACAGCGGAGGUGUUCCUGUGGAUGUGUUUCUUUUGCAACAACCAGUACCGAAUCCAGGAUGGCACUUGUAGCAACUCCAACGACCUGAGCACGGUCUUCGAAGCACGCUUAUCCAGUGCAAGGAACAUGCUGGUCAUCUUGGACACAUUCCUGACGCCACACUACUACAAGCGGGCAUGGUGUUUGUUUGAGACAUUCAUUUGCUUGAGGAAGAAAUUCCCCAUGACCGUCAUACUGCCUCCAAAAGAGUUGACAACUUUCAAACAAGUACUGGAAACCUCUCCGUGGCGUGUGAGAGAUAGUUUCCUGCAGAUUGACUUGCAGAACGCAGAAGCUUCCGUGGAAGCUGAUGCGGUGGCCAUCAAAGACUUAGUCCACAACUCUUGCGGGUUUGAUGUCGUGAACACAAUGGUCAAGGAAGAGUUUAUGUCCUGGCUCAUGCGCGCAUUCCAGGAGUAUGUCAAAGGAACAAUCCAGGCAAAUGAUCCGAAUGUCUGGCAUGUUUAG